AUGGGCAAGUUUGCAGCAGCUGCUUUGGGAGCAGCGUCUCUGCUCGCUUCCAUUGCUCCCGUAAUUGCCGCUCCCGGCACUGUGGGUUUCACAUUCGAAAAGCGUCGCGUCCUUGCGCAAGAUGCUCCUCGCCUUACACGACGUCAGUCCAAAACCAUCAAGGCGGGUUUGGACAACGAAAUCUUGCUCUACUUCAUCAACUGCACCGUGGGAACUCCGGGACAACCCUUUUCCCUGCAGCUGGACACUGGCUCGUCAGACAUCUGGUUCCCUGAUGCCAAUGCCCAAAUCUGUCAAGACAACGACGGCUGCUCCGAGUUUGGAGCGUACAAUGCUGAUGACUCCUCCACCUUUGUCGACCCCAACCUUCCUCAGUUCCAGAUCCAGUACGUCGACGGCUCACAGGUCGUUGGGGAAUACAUCUCUGAUGUGCUGAAUAUCGGUGGAACAAAAUUGACAAACAUGACCAUGGCUGCGGCCCAGCAAGCCAACACCCGCGCCAUCGGUAUUAUGGGCAUUGGCUUCGAAUUGGGCGAGGCCUCAGCCUCUUUUGACGGCUUCACCUACCCCAAUGUCAUCAACGUUAUGAAGAACGAGGGCUUCAUCAACGCCCUUGCAUAUUCCCUGUGGCUGGAUGAUCUGGAUUCCAAUACUGGCUCCAUUCUCUUUGGUGGUGUAGACACGAACAAGUAUCACGGUAACUUGGUUGCUCUUCCCAUCCAAACCGACUCGCAGACCGGCGUCAUUGACUCCUUCACCGUUGCCUGGACCGGUCUUACCGUCUCUGGAGGUGGCCAGACCUCCGACGUCUCCCCCAGUUCGCCUCAACCCGCCAUUCUCGACUCCGGCACCACAGACACCCUGCUCCCCGAUGACAUCGCGAACAGCAUCUUCAAUGGUGUCGGCGUGGUGACCGACCCUCAGUUUGGCAAUGUGGUGCGCUGCUCUCUCGCCAAUGAUGAUCUCAGCUUCUUAUUCCAAUUCGGCGGCAAGGGUGGGCCCACUAUCAAUGUCUCGCUGUCCGAGUUUGUCACUCCCCUGAUCACAACCGACGGCUCUCAACCAACUUUCCAGAACGGCGAUAUGGCGUGUUCAUUUGCCAUUGAUGCCGCAGGAGAUGAUCCCAUCUUGUUCGGAGACUCUUUCCUCCGCAGCGCCUACGUGGUUUACGACCUUGAAAACAACCAAAUAGGCCUCGCUCAGACAAACUUUGACGCUAAUGACGCCAACUCCAACAUUAAAGUAUUCCAGGCAUCGGGCAGUAUUCCCGAUGUUGUGUCGACUGCCACCGCCGCAAGCGUGGCCCAGACAUUUUCUGGCAACCCAGAUAUCACGCAAGCCACGCUCACCGCCACCGGAGAACUCGGUGGUGGCACCUCCAGAAGUGCAACAUUCAAUUUGACGCCCACAGGCUCAAGUACAGGCAGUUCAGGCUCUGGCAGUGGGGACAGUUCUGGUGAUUCCAAUGCCGCGAAUGCCAACUUCCGUGUCAUUCCUGCUGAGAUGACGACUCUAUUGGCGGCAGGUGUAGUGAUGGUGGGAUUUUUGUUCGGUGGGGGGAUGAUGUUGUUCUAA